CGUACGAUAUCGAGUAUUCAGCACCUCAAAAAAAUUCCGUGAUAAAAGAAUCCACGUGAAACUAUAUUUAGUGCAAUUGUCCGCGAAAUAUCUAAUGAAAUUCUGACAAUCACAUGUGACGUAAAUGCAAUUCGAGAAACGGGAUCUGCUGGCAGAAACAUUGAACAGACUUUUAUUUCAAACAACAACAAAAAUUCCCAAUUAGAAAAAUUAGAAGUGUGUCUAUGGAUACAGUUAGAAGUGUAAAUGUGUUGGCGACGACGAUUUUGAGGAGAGAGAAUAACAGAGAGCAGAAGUAAAUAUUUUGAAAUCGUAUAUCGACGGAUGCACGGAGUUUAACACACACACAUCCGCAUCUCGCGUACGAUUUGUUUUCAUUUUUGUCUCACACACAUCUUCUCCGGAUGCUGUCUGGGUAUGCGCGCAUGUGUAUUGUACACAAAAAUUUACGCAAUAGCACUUAUGACCAGUUUGAAAGUGCUCAAGCUAGUUCUUUAGUCAACGUACGACACGAGAGACGUACCUCCGUGAAAGAAGUAAAGAAGUGUAACAACAAAAAUCGUGUGUAAAAAAGUAAAUAUUUCAAAAAAUCACAAAAAUUUGAAUGAAAUCCUGUGAAAAAAAUCACAAAAAAUCCCGAAAUCAGUGACACGCGACUUAAAAAAACAAAAAAAAAAGUGAAACGUGAAAUUUCAGUGUUACAAAAGCCCAAAAUAAAGUGUUUGCCGAACGAAGCAUGUUCAAAUUGGGAGCUUUUAAAGGCUCCCAUGCAUUUUUGGGUCUUGUUAUUUGGUGCUUUUUAUUUGUAAAUUAUGUUUAUUGUGUGAAAAAUAAAAGUGAUUCGAUCGCGCGCAAUCAAAUCCCGAGCAAAAUUCAAUUGUUUUCAACAUCUGGACCGGCAACGGAUAAUGUGUUCUCGAAAAAAUAUUCAAUUAGCAAGAAACAAAAGUGCGGUGACAGAACUUUUCAGUGUCUAAGUGGAAAAUGUAUUCAUGCGAAUUUUAUGUGCGACGGCGAGAACGAUUGCGACGACAAGAGUGACGAAGCCCCGGAUUUGUGUUCCAAGAAAAUCGAUAGUCCAUGUGCCGACGACAAAUUCAAAUGCAAAAAUGGUCGGUGUAUCCCGAAACAUUGGCAAUGUGAUCAGGAACCGGAUUGCAGCGAUGGUUCGGAUGAAGAUCCGGAAUUGUGUCCUGCCCGGGUCUCGAAUUGCCCAGAAAAUGAGUUUAUGUGUAAAAAGGGGGAUAAAUGCAUUCCGGCGGAUUGGUUGUGCGAUGGCGCGUCAGAUUGCUCGGACGAUUCAGACGAAGAAAAUUGUAAUGAUACAUGCCGAUCGGAUGAGUUUACGUGCGGCAAUGGGCGAUGCAUCCAAAAACGCUGGGUUUGCGAUAGAGAUGACGAUUGCGGCGAUAACAGUGACGAAAAGUCAUGUCCUCCAACCACAUGUCAGCCAAACAAGGAAUUUGCAUGCUCCGAAAAUUAUUGCAUCACGGCGAAAUGGCGUUGCGAUGGCGAACCUGAUUGUCCUAAUGGAAAUGAUGAGAGAGGUUGUGUAAAUCUCGUUAAACAAACAGUAUCUCCAUGUUUGUCCCUUGAAUACCAAUGUAACGAUCGCAUCACGUGCAUCCACAAAAGUUGGGUUUGUGACGGAGAGAAAGAUUGCCCUGGAGGCGAUGACGAAACUGCUCCAAAUUGUCAAAACAUCACGUGUCGCCCGGAUCAAUUCCAAUGCAAGGAUCGAACAUGCAUUCCGGGCCAUUUUUAUUGUUCGGGCAAAGCUGAGUGUUCCGACGGCAGCGACGAAGUGAAUUGCACGCUUCCUACUCCGGCAAAGUGUAAUCAAAAAACGGAAUUCGAUUGCGGCGGCGGAAUGUGCAUUCCAUUGUCGAAAGUGUGUGACGGGCAUACGGAUUGCCCGCAUUUUCAGGACGAGCCGAGCGACAAAUGUAAUAAAAAUGAGUGUUUAGUCCAGAACGGAGGCUGUGAGCAUAGUUGCGUCGAUACGCCCGCAGGAUACUACUGCGAAUGUCGUGACGGAUAUAAACUAGUCAAUAAUACAAAAUGUGAGGAUAUUAAUGAAUGCGAAGAUCCCGGUUCGUGCUCACAACUUUGCAUAAACGAAAUUGGAGCUUUUAAGUGCGAAUGCGGCGCAGGAUAUAUGCGAGACCCACGCGAUCGAACGAGAUGUAAAGCGACAGAAGGUCAUGCAUCAUUACUGUUUGCACGUCGACACGACAUCCGGAAAAUUUCAUUAGACAGGCGCGAAAUGACAUCCAUUGUGAACGACACGAAAUCGGCGACGGCAUUGGAUUUUGUCUUCCGCACGGGAAUGAUUUUCUGGAGUGAUGUGACGGAACAGAAGAUUUUCAAAGCUCCGAUUGACGAAGGCACGGAAAAGACUGUCGUUAGCUCGAAUCAAAUGGUUACCGCUGACGGAUUAGCGGUUGAUUGGAUUUACAGCAACAUUUAUUUCACGGAUACGCGCAGAUUUACCAUUGAGCUCAUGAAUUUCGACGGUAAUAUGGGCAAAGUGUUAAUUAAGGACGAUUUGGAGAUUCCGCGUGCCAUUGCGCUCGAUCCAAUUGAAGGUUGGAUGUACUGGACAGAUUGGGGCACAACACCAAAAAUCGAGCGUGGCGGCAUGGAUGGAACGCAUCGCCAAACAAUUGUUUCGUACGACGUCAAAUGGCCCAACGGUUUGACGCUUGAUUUGGUCCGACGUCGUGUAUAUUGGGUCGAUGCCAAAUUGAAUACAAUUUCCUCGUGCAAUUAUGACGGAACAGGACGACAAACGGUUUUGUAUUCAGCUGAUAAUUUGAGACAUCCAUUCUCCAUUACGACGUUCGAGGAUCACGUUUAUUGGACCGAUUGGGAUAAAGAAGCAGUUUUCAAAGCAAACAAGUUUACGGGAAAAGAUGUUGAACCCAUCACAGCUCUUCAUAUGCUCCAACACCCAAUGACAAUUCACGUAUAUCAUCCGUAUCGCCAACCCGACGGCGUCAAUCAUUGUCAAUCGCUGAAUGGACAUUGCUCGCAUUUGUGCUUGCCCGCUCCUCGCAUCUCCGAUCGCAGUCCUCGCAUUUCGUGUGCCUGCCCAACGGGAUUGCGUCUCAUGGAUGAUGGAUUGAUGUGCACGGAUGACUUGAAUGCAACUACAACAACACAAAGAUCUCGCUAUACUAAGCCUAACAUUAAUGAAGAUGUGCCAAAUGCUUCUCCAAGUACUAAAAAGCCAACUACAGGAUAUACGGAGCCCAAAUAUGUUCCUCGCAACAUUUUUUAUCUCUACCUAAUCUGCUUAAACUUCACGACGAUGCAUCGUCGUCAACAACAUUCAUCAUCUAUCAUCGCCGCCGCCGUCGACACUCAUAAUGCUAAUAAAAUUAACCCAUCGCCAACAUCGAGCACGUUUUCGUCGUCGUGGAAUCAAAGAUUCCAGAAUCACUUGGUAAAAAUGAUGAAUGUCAAUCAUGGCGAUAAAGUUGUUGGCAUUUAUAGUGAUCCAAUUGAUCAGGGACCGCAUCAAAUGCUAACAACGAAUCGUUUCAUAAAUCACGCACUUAUCGAUAAAUCAUAUCAGGCAUCUGACGAAUAUGUGGAAUGGUUUUGCAAUAAAUUGCAAGCUGUCAUCAGAGGCAACAACGGCACAUAUCCAGAUAGCACGGUGCGACACGUAGACGAGCCUGACUCGGGAAUCGUUGCUGGAAUAGCAAUUGCCAUCGCAAGUUCAAUUGUACUCGUGUUGGGAGUGGUACUUUUCUUGCUGUACAAACACUUUAUCCAGCGAAAUCUCACAUCGAUGAAUUUCGAUAAUCCCGUGUACCGAAAAACGACAGAAGAUCAAUUUAGCUUGGAGAAGAAUUUACCGCAGAAUCGCGUCUAUCCCACGACAGUGGGCGAAGAGGCUCAAGAACCAUUAAAUCAACCGGCCACAAAUGAUUUUGUUUAGAUUUGUAGAGUUUACGUAAAGAGUUUACUUAACAAAUAUAAUAGAAGAAGGAAAAAAAGACGAGAAUCCUGUUGAAAUUAUAAAUAUAUAUAAAUAUUUACAUAGCUAAAUGAUGAUAAAAAAUUUAAUAAUAAUAUAAAAAAAACUCCACGUAGAGAAUUUUUUCUUGCAAAUUAUUAAAUUUAUCGUAGAUGAUUUUAUAUAAAUUAUUAUUAUUAUUAAAACUUGAGAAUUCUACCUUCUUACAAAGUUGAGAGAUGAAAGUUACACAAAAAAAAAAUACAAACACAGAAUACUCUUUCUUAUUAGAUAAUACAUACAUCAUUAAAAGAUUAAUAUUAAUAAUAAUGAAAAAGAGUUAGAUGGUUAGACGUUUGUAAAAUAAAUAAAUAUUUAAAUUAAAAUA